AGCGCGAGUCAGACUCUACGGAGUACGGUGUAAUCGCAAGCUAUCGUUUGCAUCGCAGGUUUCAUUAGUUUUCCGUACAAAAAAGUCUUUAUUAGCGUAAACAUCUGAUAUAAAGUAAAUCGAAGAAAAGCUGGAAAAUGGUUUUGGCGGAAAGAAACUCAGAAAAUGUUAGAAAUGGGCGCAGAUCAAGGGGCCCCAGCCCCAAUGGACAGACGGAAUCCUCGAGCGAAGAAGACGGAGUUCCAGCAGAGAAAAUCCGUGUUGGAAGAGACUAUCAAGUUAUUGUUCCAGAAUUUGUUCCAGUUAGUGAACGGCGAUUGGAUCAAUGUCCUGAUAGAGCAUUACUGGUAUGGUCUCCUACUACUGAUAUACCUGAUCAAAAAUUGGAUGAAUAUAUUAUAUUAGCAAAGGAAAAAUAUGGUUAUAAUGGAGAACAAGCAUUAGGGAUGUUAUUUUGGCACAAACAUAACUUGGAACGCGCUGUAUUAGAUUUAGCUAAUUUUACACCAUUUCCUGAUGAAUGGACAGUUGAGGACAAAGUUCUUUUUGAACAAGCAUUUCAAUUUCAUGGGAAAAGUUUCCACAGAAUUCGACAAAUGUUACCUGAUAAAUCUAUUGCCAGUCUUGUUAAGUACUAUUAUAGCUGGAAGAAGACACGAACUAGAACAUCAUUGAUGGACAGACAAGCAAGAAAGUUAACAAGUGGUGGAAAAGAAGGAGAGAAUGGUAGUGAGAAUGGGAGUGAAUUAGGUUCCAAUACAGACAGCGAGUCAGAAGAAAAAAAAUGGACGAUCCACCGCGGAAUACGUCGUGGAAAGAACCAAGCUGUGCCAGGAAGCCAAGGCACUGACGCCAAAGCCCCAUCCGACUCGGAAAACGCCCCUCAGGUUCAGGGCUCGUGUAGCAACUGUGGCGUUGCUUGUCAUAGUGUUCGUGCGACGCCGAAAGGACAUGCGUGUCACAGCUGCUAUCUGCACUGGAGGCGAACUGGGGUAGCAAGACCGUUAAGUUCCAUGCCAGGUCGUACAAAUAAAAGAAAACCACCUCGCGGUCUCGUUGUUAAUCACGAUGAUUUAGCGGCAUUGGCUGGCCAACCCAAUCAAGCGAACAACAGUUUACAAGCAAUUGACACCGAAAUUGUUAGCUUAAAACGCCAAAUACAAUCGAACAAACAACAAGUUAGCGCAUUGAAACGCAAAACGGCCGAUGGUAUCGAUGAUUUGCGACCACCAGAAGUAUCGAGUCGUAUAAAUGCCCGUUGGACAAACGAUGAACUACUAUUAGCCGUUCAAGGUGUUAGGAAAUAUGGAAAAGAUUUUUCUGCGAUCGCUGAUGUAAUUGGAACCAAGACGGAAGCUCAUUUACGAUCGUUUUUCGUGAAUUAUCGACGGAGGUAUAACUUAGAUGCGGUUUUAAAAGAAUACGAGGCUGAAAAUGGUCCGAUACUAAUUGACGAUGAAAAGGAAGAGAAGAUGGAUGUCGAUCAGCCGAACGAAACAGCUGAAUCAUCGCAAAAAACGAAAUCAUCUGUGGGUCUUGGACAGACGGCUAAAUAACAAAUGACUAUACUUUUGAAUACCAAACGUGAGAAAAAUAAUC